AAAAAAAAUUGUAAAUUCUUUUCAGAAAUUUACAAUUUAAUUUAUCAAAGAAAUGAGCAGUCAAGGAAAUACAACUAGUAAUAUUACGACAGAGAAAGAUCGUCGUCUCGAAAAUGCAUCUUUUCCAGCAGUUAAACGAGACAGACUACCCACAUUACAAGAAGUUCUUUCUCGUAAAACAGCUCCUCCAGUAUGUUUAUAUAAUUUUUACCUUUACAUGAGAGACAGAGAAAAAGUUUCUGAAUACUUGGAUUUUUAUCUCGAUGUAUUAGAACAUGAGGUUUUAUGUAAAGCUUAUUUGAAAGACCUCAAAAAACUUGGAUUGGAUGUAGAUGAUGAGUAUCCUGAAUAUGAAAGAUAUAGACCGGGAGGUAGUAAAUCUGAGAAGGAUAAAUUAAGGCCUAGCGCGACCAAUGUAGGUGUUCAAAGACAUACGAGCUCUGCAUCUCGUGGUUCUGAUAUUACAAUCAUUGAUGAUCCUCCUUCUCGCCCAGAAUCACCAUCAAGUUCACAUAUAAUUGAGAUUUCUAAUGAAAAUAAACAAAGACCUUUAACACAUCGAGAUUCUGUUCGCUCUAACAGAACCAAUACGACAACAGGAAAUUUUUCAAUUUAUAAUCGGGAGAGACCAUUUACAAGGGAGGACCUUCGUGAAUCAGCAGAACGUAUUUAUUAUAAAUAUAUUUAUGAAGGAUCAGAAAAAGAAAUUAUAUUAUCAGACCAUAUUCGGGAAAAAAUUUCUCACGCGAUUGAAGAAGAAGGUGAUGCUCAACAUAAAAGAGCUGAUCCUUGGAUCUUUCACGAAGCAAAAAAAGAAAUUUUUGCCUUUAUGGAAAGAGUGCAUUUCCCAAGGUUUUUAAAAGCCAGAGCAUUUGGAAAUAUGCAUGUUCGACAAAUUACAAUGAGAUUGGCGAUAGGUUUAUUCUGUUUAUUUAUUGGUUUUGCUGUUGUGUUAAGUUUAAUCUUUUUGGAUAGAAAACCAAAUACGUUACGGUUAUGGGGUUUUAUCCCAAUAUUUUUUGGAAUUAGUAAUUUAUUUGCUUAUGCAACGAAGAUUAGCCCUCUUUUCGUUUUAUUGAAAAUAAGUGAAACAAAAUUCUUUCAUUUCCAACGUGUAAGGGAACCAUACAUAUAUACAUUACAUGUUAAAAAAGCCAUUAAAUACUUUUUAUUAGGUUUAUUAGUUUCUAUAAUUGUAAUGGUAAUUUUUGCAACUGUUCCGGGACAUCGAUUAUAGACAAUAUCAUAAUAAUAAAUAGAUUGAAUAGAAAUUCAUAAAAUUGGUAUAUGAAUUUCAAAAGAUGACAAAGAAAACAAAAGAAUAUUUAAUUUAUUUGGACGGUUGGGGAGAUAUGGGUUCAAAAUCAUGUAUAUUAUUUUAGAAAUUUUACUAAUGAUUAUCACUGGUAUUUUGAUAUUUGGUAUCUGGUAUUUUUAGAUUUUCAUAUAUUUGGUGGUGAUCAACAGCAUUUUGUAAUAAUAUUUAAAAUUUUGCUAAAUAAUUAAUAUUAGGAAUAAUAAAGGUUGUAACAAAUAUAUGUUACAAUAAUUUGAUGUAUUAUCAAAUAGUUGCAAGUUAUUAUAUAAUCUACAAAAAAAAAUAUCUUCAAAGAUGGAAACUUUGUACAAGUGUAGCA